AUGAAGCGACUCGCCGCUUGGAUGGGCUUGGUGGUGGCGCACAGCAUCGCCGACGUGCACUGCGAUGUGGAGAAUAUGUUUGCUGCUGCUACGUAUUCCAAAACCCAGGAAGAGGUGAACCGCGAGGCUCGAGUGUAUUUCCAGCAAUGUCUACAGAGCAUUUCGAGAGCUCUCCGUCAGUCAGACACAUACAUUGGGCCACAUCCACAUGCAGAGCUUCACAGCGUUCAGGUGGUGCUGAGUGAACCUGACCAGACUGUACGUUUCAGCAUGAAGCUCGAAGUCCAGAUCCGCGGUACCAGUGGCAGUGACGAGCAUCAUUACAAGUGCACCAAGUAUCGUCGGGGAAAACCUUCCUGCGUGCUCGGGUUGUUUGAUUGCCAGUCCACGGAGGAGCCGUACAGCGCUAAUUGCAGUUGCCAUGGAAACAUAUGGAGACAGCAGACUCGACACUUAACGGCUCAGCUUCGAUUGCCAGAGGCGAGGUCGUCGUUUACUUGGCUGACAUCCACAUCGCAGCACAACUCCGGAGAAUGCACAGAAGCUGACAAGCAUGUUCAUCGCUUCGAUUUUGAUGGGACGUUCGAGUACAUACAAGGAGAAAUCAGGAAGAGUUGGCAGGAUGAUCAGAUUCUGCCUUCAGGCCUGAACUUUGCACCUGGAGUGCACGCGUCUCUGCAGUUCCCACCGCCAAAGAUCCUAGGUACUGGUGGCACUGGUAACCCGAGCUUCUUGGUUGGCUCGGUUCAUACUUGCAUUGAGGGCAACGGCAACUUCUUUGUGGUUAGUGCCGAGAAGCGUGGCAUUCGACAAUGCCGAUCUGGUCUUAAUUUCGCAACAUUCCGCUCGAAGGAAGACCUCACAUAUGACUUCCGCGAAUUGGGGGCAGAAGCUGCAGAGCAGGGUACAUCUUCUUUGGUAUUCUCGUGGGCAGACAGUUCUCAAGUGGCCGUAAAGCUCUUUGUUGGUUCAUUGACAGUGGAAGCGAGACUCAUGGAGCUAGUGGAGAAUAAUGCAACUAAGUUCUCAUUGUCGGUGACAUGCCCCAGGUGUACCUGUGUUGAUGGAACUUGUCCAGUGUCACAGAUGUCCCAAUGGAUGUCAUACAUCAAACCGCUCGUACCACGACUAAUCUGGCGGUACAUACGACCAGCGCAACCGACCCAAGAUCCUGCAGUCAAAUUCACAACGCAGCCGGGUGGUGCACAAGGGUUGUUGUUCUGGAUGCUUGCUGACAACAGCACUCAGACGGUCUCCAUUGGACGAGGAAGCGUCCUUCGCAAAGAUGAAGUUUUGUCUCUGCAGGUCAAGGAUGGCGAGAGUUUGGCAGCUGUAGCUCAGCAGUUUGGUUUGUCCAAACAAGCUAUUUGGAAAGUAAGCUCUGGCAUGGUGACGCGUCUCUGCUCCCAUAGCAUCCCAGCAAGCCUGAGUGCAGACGGUCAUGGCACGAUUCGCCUCUCCACAUCUCUGCUUGAAGGGCUGUUCUGGGCGCGGUCUCAGCAGUUGAUGGCAUAUGCAUCUAAUACAUCCAGAAACGUUCUGGAUGCAGCACUCCGGAACGACUUGCAGUUUGGGAAGAUGCAGUUCACAGUGGAUACGGAUACGGUUUCCUCUUCGGGACAAUCUUCCUUGCUCUGGCUGACAGUAGCAGGUGCACAUGUCAGGACUUCAUGCCCCAGCCGCCAAGAGCCGCUUUUUGCAGCUUCAGUGCAUUACAUGCAGAGUGCAGCUGCAGCACAAGGUCGCCAAGAGGCAGAUGGUAGCUUGGCUAUAUCGGUGGCGGCACAGACGGGGGAGCAUGCUCCUCGGGUGUCUGGGUUCCACUUGCGGAAUCCACGAGUCCCAAUGGCUGAAUCGGUUCCAACUUUUCUGUUGAACGAUAUUAUCCAAGCCAUGAACAAGAGGCUUGAGCAUUUCACGCUCCAUAUCCCACAUGAGCUUGCUCAGUUCAUUCCAUGCCACAUGAUGGAAGGUCAGUGCCGGAAUAUGCAGGUGUUCCUGCUGAGCAAGGAACAGGACGCUGGUGGAUAUCUUGAGUUUGUUGAUGCAGAAGCUGCGGCUGCUGAGACUUUCAUUGCGGAGCAGCCGAAGCUCCCCAGCCAUGAGCAGUCCGUUGAAGACACAGCCAUUGCCGUCAUCAAGUACAUUGCAUGGCUGCCCUGGUUGUUGAAUCUUGGGCUGUGUGUCUGGACUUUUUCUUGGGAGUGGGCCGUGUCUUCUGUCGCUCUCUCCGUUCUUUGCUUGGCUUGGCACCAAAGUGGUCCUCUCGCAGGUUUUACGGAGUCGGCGUUCUCAGACUUUGGUAUCUCAGCUCCGACAGACGUGAUCGAAUGCAUGCAGUGGCGCACCAAUUUCGCGACUGCUGUUACUUAUAUAUAUGCCAUCUGGCCUCUCUUCCUUGCCGCACUAAGGCAGACACUAAGGCAGCUCCCGCAGUUGCGACUUGCGCUUGCUUGUGCGGCUCGCAAAGCAGAAGUUCCACAACCCCUGACGAAGCUGUUCGAGGCGUCCAUCGAGGACACUGUGCUUGGCCACGUCAUUUUUAGUGCCCUCGUUAGUGUGUCGCAGUUGGCCUUCAUUAUCGUUGUUCCGCUGAGAGUGAACCUGGGCAAGCAAGUCGCGCUGCAUGUUGCAUCACACUCAGAGAGCUGGUAUCCCGGCACCGCAGUGGAUAUUGUAAAGGAGGUGUUGGGUAAGUCAGACUUUGAUAUCCAUACGGCAGCAGGAACCUUUGUCAGCUGUAGCUUCACGGCCUUGUAUGUGUCCCAUCUUGGGCUUUACUUGAUCUUCUUCUUGCUGGCUCUGUCGCCGGGGGUCUUCAUUGGAGCCUUGGUCUUCACGACCGUGCAUUGGAACGAGCGUCGGGUGCGAGGAAUGGUGGACAUGUCAACAUCGUUCAUUUUGAUGAUGGAGCUCAUACCGUCCGCUGCGAUCCUGGGCGCUUUCACGAUUGCGUACCAAACCUUGGGUGGCAACUCAACAUGGUGGCUUGCAUAUGGAAUCAUCGGGGUGUGCAGGCCAUUGUUGUCUGUGCCGUUCUUCCGAAUGUUGCUCAGACAAGAGCAAGAGCAGAAGCCCAUGGGCGCGAUCUUGUCCCUUGCGGCUGGGUACACUGUCUCGUCACUGCUGGGCGCUACACUGCUUUGGAGCCGCUUUCACAAGGCCUUGGAGGGCUUGUCCAGCUCCACAGCACUUCACACCCCAUUCUCUGGCUUGAGUAUGUUUUUCGUUGGGUCUCAGUUCGUCACACUUGGAUGGGUCAUCGCCGUCAGCAUGUACUCGAUACUACAAGACAUUGUUUGGAACUCCAGCAAGAGCUUGAAGAAUGUGAAGCGCAGUUUGGAGGAUGCGGCAGACGAACUCAUCAAUGCUCACCUGAGGCCAGUCGCGGCACCCCUCUUGGAUAUCAAGAGCCUUCUUUCCCCAGCGUGUCUGAAGCGUCUGUGGCAGCGGUCGUUUCCUUGGAUAAUCUGGAUUCUGGAAAUGGAUGCACUGGUUUCCUUGUUCUACCACGCGAUGAAGAUCGUUUGGCUAGGCCUCAUGUCUAACUUCUUCCUGUACGAAGUGAAGGCGUUGGUGCUGAUGCUCUUCACCUGGCCUUUUCAAUCUGAACAAGAUCUCAUGGCGGGGUUAGAGCAUCUGCCACGAGUUGAUUCCAGUGGCCUGGAUUUCUCGUGGACAACUGCUGCACGCAUUCUGUUCGUGUGCAUCGCUCUAAGUUGGUGGAUGCUCGGUGGCCGGGUAGUCAGCUGUUUGCGAAGCGCCAUGUCGAGCAGGCUAUGGCACUCAACUGCAAGCUCGUUGGAACAGGGAUUGCUAAGCUCGGAGCAUGACCAAAGAGAUGAGAACCGGCACGGCCCUUCAGUUUGUGACUACCGGAAGGAAUUUCUUUGGCUUGGGUUCUCGCAUGGUCUGCUUGCGUUUCUCCGGGAGAUCUUGAUCCGGGAUGGCCUUCCACACACAUGGGGAAUUGUGCCAAGCAAGGUAGCCACAGAGUUUGGCAUCGAGCAGCUCCGGAAAUUCCUCGCUAAGAAUGAGUACUACUCGGGCAACCAAGGUACGGUUCUUGACCAGCCCUUCAUGGGGUAUGAGUGGUGUUUUUCACUCUCCUUGACCUUGCAAGCUUUACUGCUACUGCUGGUAUUCGCAUCCGCAGUUUGUGAACAGCAUGGUUGGAAGGACAGAAGCCAGACUUGUGCCUUUGCAGCUGCUGCCGUGGCAAUGAUGUCUGCCUUAAGCACUUUUGUACCAAAUUACAUGCAGCUGACCCAGCUCCCCCAAGCAUUUUCUGGCUGUGGAACUAGAUUCGACAACUUGGUGCAAUUCACGGUGUCUGGUGUGCUGGGGAUGACGUUUGGUGCACUGCUCGGCGUGCAAGCAUUUGGCGUCCUUUUCGCGAUUCCCGUAUCUGCCGUUCGCGGUAUUUGGCUUGUAAUGAUGCAGACUGAGAUGCAGCGCGGCAUGCAUCGUGUUUUGCAAGGAUCUCUGUGGCUGCUAGCGCUGCUGAUUCCCUGCGUUACGAUCUUCCCUCUGCUGUUCUUCAACCAGCUCACCGAGGACGUAUGGUCUCAGAAUAUUGUCAUUUGCUUUUGGGUCGUACCCUCACUUGUCAUCGUGCUCUGCAGCAAGCAAACCAAUCAGACCUGGUUUUAUUUCCUGUGGCUCACGACGUAUCUGGCAUGUAUGGGAGCUUAUUUGCUGAUGCAAGCCCGCAAUCUUGGAGUGAACAUUUCUGAGACUCUAGCAAAGAUUGACCUUCCCUGGCUCUGGUCGAUGAUGCAUGCAGACUUCUGCCUCACGAAUGUGUUCGUUACGGACUUGGUCUGGCUUGCUCUCCACGGCAUGAUGGAAGAUUCUGAGGCCAAUGCAAGUGACUCCGAUAUGUCACCCGUCAACGACAGAGAUCCUGCAAGGACGUGUCUAGCCGUCCAAGCUUUGUUGCCGUUGCAUGAUGCCCGUUUCGAUCAACUUCCAGGCUUGGAGAGCAGAUCCGUGAACGCAGGUGUUAUAUGUCUUCGCUUUGACACGGCGGCAUCUGCGCAGGCAGCAACUAGUAUGGCUCUUUCCGAUGGUAUUUUGUUGCCACUCGCUUCAUUUGUAUCCGUAGAGCAGAGACACCGUUAA